AUGGCGAGCUCGAGCUAUAAUAAAUACCUGGACGAGGAAUGGCGGAUACCAUUAACUCGGGGCUCAAGCCCAAACGACGAGUCUUCUGGCCAGCAACGCGAAGAAUGUUGGCAACCAUCGCAGCUUCCAUCACAGAAAUCCGGCACGACCUCGUUGGUGGACUUGGACAAAAAGACAAUAGUCCGGACGGAUCCAGAGGAAUUGAAAGAGUCAUGA